CUAAUCUGAUUAAAAUAACUAAAUGAUCGGACGGUGGAGAAAUUAAUGAUGUAGAAAAACUUGAAACAGCAAGUCAAGAAUCAUAUUUGUGGCUCUUGUUUCUCUCCAUCCAAACCACAACACCAGCCAAACCUCGUCCACAGCAUAACCGUUCAACUCCAAAAUCAUUAGCAUCCAUCAGAGAGAGAAGCCCGAGCCAAUUCCUAUGGCUGCUGCUGCUUCACUUUCUGCAAAUCAAGGUUUACUCGGAACAUCCUUCUAUGGUGCUUGGGGAAACUCAAUCUCAGGCGAUGAUUACCACACCAUGCUCGCCAAAACGGCGCCACCUAAACAAGCUAAAGUCUCACGAAAACCCAUCAGAGUACAACCAAUGAUGAAGAAUGUCAACGAAGGCAAAGGUUUAUUCGCACCACUUGUCGUUGUCACUAGGAACGUAGUAGGCAAGAAGAGGUUUAAUCAGCUUAGAGGCAAAGCCAUUGCUUUACACUCUCAGGUGAUUACAGAGUUCUGUAAAUCGAUAGGAGCUGAUGCGAAGCAGAGACAAGGAUUGAUUAGGCUUGCUAAGAAGAAUGGAGAGAGGCUUGGAUUCCUCGCUUGAUUCAGAAUCUUCUUCUUGUUCCUGUCUAGAUGUAUUUUGUUCAAACCUCUCUUAAUACAGAAACUCCCAUUCUCAUUCUGAAAGUUGUAUCAAUAUCACUCUUGAAACCAUAUGAUUCUUACAUAACAAACAAUAACACAAUUGUUAAGUUA